AUGCGUAUCAUUAAGCAUAAUGAGAAUUCUGUCAAAAAGAGGAUUGAGUACCAACCGGAACGAGAGGAAUUCGUAAAGCAUUUGAAGCCGAAUACUUUUGGUCAGCAGUUUUCUCCAAGUCCAAGAGAAAAGCGUAAUUCUAAUAUUAGUACUAAGGAACUAUUACAACCAAAAGGGCCCAAAAACAUUGGUGUGCUGUGUGACGUCACAUAUCAUUCAAGAAAGCAUUCUCACUCGUAUUCUCAUCCAGGUAGCCAACCGAAAGGCGGGCAUAAUCACAGAAGUAGUUCUUUGAGAGCCAAGUCUACUGAAAUUACUGGUUAUUCAUCUUUCAAUCAUGACAGAGGAGACGCUAUCUCUACAUUUCAAAGCCGAAUUCUGGAACGGUCUGAUUUGAUCGAAAGCAGAAAGAUCAAAAAGUUAAAUAUGAGUUCUAAAAACAAUGAAGUAGAAGAGUCUGCCUUGCCUGCCAGAAAGGUUCUUAGGACAGAAAUAUGGGAGCAGCAGUGUGCUGGCGAAACUGAGCCCAAAUACACAAACCAGUAUACGUACAUAUAA